CGCUUUCUUAAACCCUCGCCAGCCCUCACUUUCUUCAAACCUUAUCCCUCUAUACAUCUCCCUCCUUCCUUAUCUCCGAAACCUCCGUUCCUUCAAAGCCAUGGCUGCCACUGCUACAGCUACAGCUACAGCUACGGCUUCCGCUUCAACCCCAAUUCUCCCGUCUGUGAACGGGAAGGCCUUGUCUUUCUGCUCCCUCGCCAAACCCACUUCCGUGUUUUUUGCUCUCCCUUCUUCUUCGCUCAAGCUUUCAUGUCUCCACUCCUUGGCUCCCCUCCCUCAGAUUUUUUCACCUUCCUCUGUUUCCGCUCGCUUUGUGAGGAGGGUUUCGAUUUCUUCCGAGUUCGACCAAGAGGAAGGCCUGCUCAGCGACAGCGAUGAAGGGACCAGUUUCUCGCCCGCCCUCAAACUGUUCGUCGGGAACCUCCCUUUCAGUUGCGAUAGCGCGCAGCUAGCUGAGAUUUUUGAGACUGCUGGAAAUGUUGAGAUGGUUGAGGUUAUAUAUGACAAGGUAACUGGAAGAAGCAGGGGGUUUGGAUUCGUCACCAUGUCCAGUGUUCAGGAGGUUGAAGCUGCUGCUCAGCAAUUCAAUGGCUAUGAACUCGACGGAAGAGCAUUGAGAGUGAAUGCUGGCCCCCCUCCACCUCGCGAGAGGGACUCACCUUUUGGCAGAGGAAGCAGAGGCGGGGAGUCCGCGUUCGCUAGAGGAGGCAGAGGUGGUGGCGGCGGUGGUUAUGGUGGUGGGAGAGAUGAUGGGGGCAACCGCCUCUACGUAGGGAACCUAUCGUGGGGUGUCGAUAACUCAGCACUUGAGAGCUUGUUCCGUGAGCAAGGAGAUGUUGUGGAAGCUAGGGUUGUUUAUGAUAGGGAAAGUGGUAGGUCAAGGGGGUUUGGCUUCGUUACAUUCAGUUCAGCCGAUGACAUGAAUUCUGCCAUGGAUUGCUUGAAUGGCGCUAUAGGGUACUUUUAUGACCUGAAUUGGAUGGGAGACAGAUUCGGGUUUCUGUUGCCGAGGCUAGGCCCAAGCGUUUUUGAACAUUCAACAUUAGCUGCAUAUCCAUCUUUCAGGGAAUCAACUUCAUCAAGACAUUAUGGAGUGCCUUGCAACUGGGCUACGUUGGUGAAUUUGAAGAGCUGGAUGGCAUGUUCACUGCCCAGAGGUCGUCAAUGCUACCGCUCCAGCUGGUUUGCAAAACGUAGGGUCCUUUUCAUUUGUUUUGCGGAUACAGGAGCAACAUCCCCUAACUUUUGGCUUUGAAUCCCUUGAUUACUUCAUAUUAGAAACACGGAAUGGAGUCUUUCUACUAGAGUGCUCUCUCUGCUCUUAUGCAUGACCCAAUAUUUUUGUCUUCCCAGAUGUUUGCGCUUGAUUUUAAUUUUGGAAGGAAUGAAUUUUAGUCAUCGUUGAUGUAGUAUUCUUCGGUCGAUUGCAGACUCCCACCUAAUUGCCAUAUCCUGAUCCAGGUUUUGGCAAGUCGGGUAGUUGGAUAGCCAGUAUUGAGAAUGAGAACCAUUCACAAUAAGUACCAGUUUUCGAGCCUACAGUAAUAACUUAGGCAUUAUAUCUCCACUUUGGUUGGAGCUAGAUGGUGCAAGUCCUCGUGAAUCAACGCUGUGAAUGCGCUGCGACGACUGUUCUCCACAAAAUACCCUGUGACAAUUCCCUUGCACAUAACUCGCGCAGCUGCCUCUGGUCGACAAGCAAUGAGAAUGAGGGUUUGCCAAAGCGGACGAACGUUGUUGGAAACACCUUCAAUUGGUGACGGCGAGUAAGUACAUACAUUGAAGGAUUCACCAAUCACCACUCAUUGCAGACUGCCAGUGCCUAGCAACCAUAACCCCAUAACGUCCUCGUUGCUCCAUCCCUCCGACUGUAGAAAAGAUAAGGUCCUCUCACCUAGUGUUGGAAGGACGUCCUCUCAGCGGAGAAUAUGAUAUUUGUGUAAUGAUAAUAUAGUAUACGAUUUACAGGAAUACAUAUUCGUUCAAC